AUGGCGCAAAUUCAAAGACCUGAGACUCUGAGCUCUAUUGCUCAGAAAAUCAGCAAUCGGUUUCUUAUAAACGAAACACAACGCUUCGAAUUAUGGGCAAAAAAUUUGGGUCUUUAUCAUCUAGGUCAUAGCUCACUCGACUACCGAUUUCGAGAUGCUCCUUCUCUUUUCGAAUUCACCGUCAGCCUAUUGCGUAACCUGGAGGCGCUUCUCGUACAGCGUGAGUUGGAUACGCCAAAAACUUCCGUCCAACCUCAGGAACAGUUUAGUGAUGACUCAGAAGAAGAUGACUUUGGAUCUUCUGACGAUGAGUCUAUCAUCGAUUUAUUAUUGUCAGGCGUGGCUGCCUGCAUUGACAAGCUGUACCGUCUCUCAUUCAAAAUUCGCAAUCCCGCAAUGAGACUGGGAUUUUCCAAAGCGCUUAAGUAUCGUGCAUUGGACCCAGAAACUGGUGUUGAUCUGAUCGACCAGUUCCGAGAAAGCGACCAACGCCAUCUUGAACAGCUUUUUGCCUCUUAUCGUUCGACCUCUGCAAGAGACUUGGAAAAGGAUUUUCUAGUUCAGCGUCUAGCCAAAGCCAAUACCCGACGGAGGCAGCAGUUUGCAUACUGGAAGAAGAGACGAGGUCAGUUUGAAACUAUGUCCAGAAUGGUACCCAUCGAAGAAAUGGCACCCGAUUCCUUUGUGCAGGGGCCAGAAAACGGACCAAAUUUGGAUGUGCCUGUCGUUCCAACCGCCCCUUCCCAACCUUCGACAGCAACUCACCUCGAUGUGUCCAAAGUAAACCUGGACGAUGAUUCCUCAGUGAUAUCAAUUUCAAGAACACAUAUUCUGCGAGACUUGCGUCCGUACCUUUGCACAUAUGAAGAUUGUAAAGACGCAGAUCAACAGUAUGACAGCCUCAGCGAUUGGAUCAACCAUGAAACCAUCACGCAUCAGAGCAAAUCCAAUACAGCUUACAAUGAGAAGAGAGAGAUGUCUGUUGAAGCACCCCGGAAAUGCCCAUUCUGCCUCGAGGACGCAGGGCCACACCAUAUCGCAACCCAUCUUCGCCGGGUGGCUUGCUUUUCUCUUCCACGAUCCGUUGGAGAUGCGGAAGACGGGGAUUCAUUUGCGGGAACGAUGCCAUCUAAGCUUUCCCCAGUGAUCAGUUGCCGGAUAAAUUCCAGUGUAAGCCUGGUUUUGUCAACCUUUAGCGGAGUGGAUAUUAUGCCAUGUUGGGCUCGGAGCUUGGAAAUAUGA